AACAGGUUUGACUGAAUCUUUGGGAUGUAGCUACACCUCAGAACAGCAUUCAUGUGCACAUUGACACAAGAUUUUUUGUGUGUGAUGGUACUCACUGGUACUGAGAAGGUGCUAAGAGUGCCUGCGUUUAUUGCUGCAUUCAACAAGAUUUGAACAAUAAUGGAGACGCUGAGUAUGGCAAACACAGGGUUUGCCCUUGACCUUUUCAGGCAUGUGUGUCAGACUCAUAACGACAAGAACCUCUUAUUUUCACCUUGGAGUAUUUCAUCUAUUAUGGCGGCUGUGUAUCUUGGAGCCAGAGGCAGUACUGCAGAGCAGGUAGCAGAGGUGUUUCAUUUUAAAGAAGCUGGAAGAACAGGAGCCGGUAGAACAAUAAAACAUCGAGUAUAUUCCAAAAUGGAGGAGCUUCUGUAUAAUCCCUGCAUUUCUAUCCAGAAGGCACCACUCAAUGCAUCAAACAAUAUCCACUCAGAAUUUCAAGAGCUUAGCCAAGAAAUCAACCAAACUUCUCGAAACAUCCUGCUAAGAAGCAUCAAUCAACUAUACAGUGACAGAUCAGCGCCUUUCAAAAAUGAAUACUUACAAUCAGUCAAGAAAUAUUACAACAUAGAACCGCAAACAGUAAAUUUUCAGAAAGCGUCAGAUGAAGUCAGAAACGAAAUUAAUUCCUGGGUGGAACGUCAGACAGAAGGUAAAAUACAGAAUCUAUUGAAUGAGGGAUCCCUAGAUUCACUUACCCAACUGGUCCUGGUGAAUGCACUAUACUUCAGAGGAAAUUGGUCAAAGACAUUUAAGAAGGAAGCCACAACAGAACAGCCUUUCAGACUGAACAAGAGUACGAGUAAGGUUGUAAAGAUGAUGUUCCAGCAUGGUAAAUUUAACUGGAACUACAUAAAAGAAGUCCAGACUCAUAUUCUUGAACUCCCAUAUGUAAAUAAUGACCUCAGUAUGUUUAUACUACUCCCAGAUGACAUCAGUGAUGACAGUACUGGCUUGGAAAUGUUAGAAAAAACAUUGACGUCCGAGACUUUCUCUAAGUGGACAAGCCCAGAAGAAAUGGAGGAAACUGAAGUACGAGUUUAUCUUCCUAGGAUCGAAUUAGAAGACAGCUAUGAGUUAAAGUCCACUUUGAGCCACAUGGGGGUAACAGAUGCCUUCAACACAGGCCAAAGCAACUUCAGUGGAAUGUCUGACCAAAACAACCUGGUUCUCUCUCAAGUUUUCCACAAGUGCUUUGUUGACAUCAAUGAAGAGGGUACAGAAGCCGCAGCUUCAAGUGUUGCUGAUAUAGCCAGCCGAAGUGAAGGGGAUGCAGUUUUGUUUGCAGCAGAACACCCUUUCCUCUUCUUCAUCAGGCACAACAAAACCAAAAGCAUCCUUUUCAUGGGCAAGUUCUGCUCACCCUAAAUCGUUUGCAGCUACAUUAGCAAAUAGGAAGGAUCUUGCCACAGCAGGAAGACACCCCAGGCACAGUCAUCCACACUCUGUCUCAACAGAAGGGAUAUUCUUCACACUUUCCUGUGUGUUUGAGGAACAGGAGAAUAUAGAAAUAUAUGCAUAUGCCUGUUACUGAUAUGCUCACCAAAAGGUCAGCUUCCUUUUUCAGAGAUCAACAAAACCCACAGGGGAUGACCUAGAGUUUUUGCAGGGCAACUUUUCCUACUCUGCAGCUCUGUCAAUUACACCAUUUAGGACCAAUAUAAACUAGACUAUUCAGCAAUGGAACAACCUUUUUUUUGAAAAAAAUUAAAAAUUAGUCAUCCAAGAAAAUUGGUUAAGUUACCCCAGUAUGCUACUAACCCAGAGCCAAACUACAAGUGACACCUGACACAGGUUGGACACUUGUCAGCUUCCCUCAAGUUUUGGUGGGAAAUGUAGGCAGCUUGGCGGAAUGUUGGACAAGUGACAGUUGAAAAGUCCAUUGGACAGCAGUCGGAGAGUGAAGCUGCGAGACCAGGACGCCUACAUUUCCCAUCAAAACUUGAGGGAAGCUGACAAGUGUCCAACCUGUGUCAGGCGUCACUUCUAGCUUGGCUCCCAGUGUGCUAUGCCUGGUGUUGGUUUAUUAUAGUUACAUUGUGUAAACUGUUUGCUGCAGGCUUCAACAGACAAAUAUUGUACGAGAGAGCAAAGAAUAUAUAUGAAAUUCUCAUUUUUUUUAAAGACUCCUCGUGAGUUUGCUAAAAUGUAGGAUUUGUUUGCUUUUUGUUUUAUCUAUGCUGGUUUAUGUUAUGUAUAGUGCUGUCUUUAUUUAUUACACUGCUGACUUGAAAUUUAGUAUAGGCUUGUUAAUCGGAACAAGUUUUUUUUUAAAUAAUAGUACUCCUUUGUUAAGAAGAUUUAUUUAUUUUAUUCCUUUAAAUAUUUGAAGUCUACACGCCUUGGGAUUUUGUUGAGUAGUUGUA